AUGAUACACUUUAUUCUUGUUCAAAAUCGACACGGAAAAACCCGGUUAUCCAAGUUCUACGUUCCGUACAAUGAUGAAGAGAAGAUUCAGUUGAAGGGUCGUGUUCAUCGUUUGGUCGCUCAGCGUGAUCAACGCUACCAAGCCAACUUUGUUGAGUACAGCAGCAGCAAAAUCGUGUACCGAAGAUAUGCAGGACUUUUCUUCUGCUUCUGUGUCGAUGUUGACGACAACGACCUGGCUAUUCUGGAAAUGAUACACUUCUUCGUUGAGGCUUUGGACUCCUAUUUUGGCAACGUCUGUGAGUUGGACCUCGUCUUCAACUUUCACAAAGUUAGCGCGAUUCUUGAUGAAAUAAUUCUUGCUGGCGAAAUGGGGGAGGCCAGCAAAGAGAAGCUUUUGAAACGAAUUGAAAUGUUGGCUAAAUUGGAUUAA